AUGCGGGUCUACAACAGCAUCGUCGCUGUGGCGAUGACAGCUGCGGCGGUGACACAAGCGGCUCAGAUCCCUUUCUCGCUCCAGCGAUCGCAGAACGAACAACCGGCCAAGCUACUGGAACAUGCCAACUUGCCAGCUCACAGCUUGCGCGUCGUCUCUCCGCCAUCUUCGAUCUGCGAUCCCAGCGUCAAGUCGUACUCUGGCUAUCUGGAUGUCGAUGUAGAUCUGCUCUCCAAGCACGACUCGCACUCGAACGGUGCUAUUUCGAUCAACAAGCACGAAAAGGAUGGACAUACUAAAGGUGCUAUCGAGCACUUUUACUUUUGGGCUUUCGAAUCGCGCAAUGAUCCCAAAACGGAUCCUGUCGUUCUCUGGUUGAACGGUGGACCUGGUUGCUCGUCCUUCACAGGCCUGCUCAUGGAACUAGGCCCGUGUAACGCAGUUGAUCCUGCUUCCAGGGAUGGCAAGCCAGGUACCGAGAAGAACGCUUGGUCUUGGAACAACAACGCUACCAUGAUCUUCCUCGAUCAGCCCGUCGGUGUUGGCUACUCGUACGUGGACUGGGCCAACAAGUCUCGCACCGAUCAGCCUCCUUCGCGAGUAUUUUCGGCAGAGUCAGCUGCCAAAGAUGCUUCGGCGUUUUUGCACUUGCUUGCCAUGCACAUGGGAGAGGAAAUCUUCAAGGGUGACGGUGAUGCUUUCCCUUCGUUCCACAUUGCCGGUGAGAGCUAUGCUGGAAGGUACAUCCCGCUGUUGGCCAACCAGAUUGUCCAAGACAACAAAAAGAUCCUCCAACAUCCAGAGAUGGAGCUCAAGCCGCUGCCACUGGAGAGUGUUCUCAUCGGAAACGGCAUCACUUCUCCGGAGCAUCAGUUCCCGGCUUAUGUCGAGUACACUUGCACUGAAAAAUCCGGAUCGAAAAAACCUCUUUUGCCCAAGAAGACGUGCAAAAAGAUGAACGAGAGCAUUCCGACGUGUCUCACGCUUGUCGAAAAAUGCAACCGCAAGGACAAGCAUGGCAGGACGUACGACACAGCUGCAUGUCAAGCGGCAUCCAACUACUGCGAGACGGCGCUUUCGUCGCCUUAUGAUACGCUCAACAAAUCGCCGUACGAUUGGCAACACGCUGCCAAGUACGCUGAGGAAGAUUGGGUGGCGGCGUUUUUGAACGACAACGAGACCAAGAUUGGACUCGGUGUUGAUGGACGUGGACCGGGCGAUAAGCACGAUGGCGUGUUUGUGGGAUGUUCGGACAAGGUAUAUGCGAAUUUUGCCAAGACCGGUGAUGGAUCUCGUGAUUCGACAUGGGCGGUGACGAGCAUUCUGGAAAACAACGUGCGUGUGCUCACCUAUUCGGGACGACGCGACUUUAUCUGCAACUACCUCGGCAACCGUGCCUGGUCGGAAGCGCUACCGUGGAGUGGCAAAGACGAGUACAACAAGGUGCAGUUGACCGAUUGGUUUAUCGGUUCUGGUCCUAACAGCGUCAAAGCGGGCCAGUACAAAGCCUCGGGUAAUCUCACCUACGCCAUCGUCGAUCAUGCUGGUCACUUUGUGCCGCACGACAAGCCGCAGGCUGCGCUCGCCAUGUUCAACACUUGGCUCCACGGCCAACAUCCCGGCCACCUUUGA